CGCCCGCCUAGUCUCACACAACAACUCUUCCCUCCAAGAAGAGGCAAGCCUGCACCACUCCAGCUCCAACCCGGGACAUCAUCGCCUGCACCCGACGGCAGCCGCCCCGGCCGACAGCCCCAGCCGCCACUGCCCGGCGCGUCCAGACACCCACCUCCGCCCAGAGCCCGCGUCCCGGCUCCGGCCCCCGCUGCCUCUGAGCCCCGCCGCCCGGCGUCCGUCCUCCCGCCGCGCCCCGACCAUGAUCUCCUCGGUGGGCCCGGUCCGCCUUGCCUUCGCGCUCCUCCUCGCCCUCUGCAGCAGGACGGCCGCCGGCCAGGACUGCAGCGCGCAGUGCCAGUGCGCCCCGGAGCCCGCGCCGCGCUGCCCGGCCGGCGUGAGCCUGGUGCUGGACGGCUGCGGCUGCUGCCGCGUCUGCGCCAAGCAGCUGGGCGAGCUGUGCACCGAGCGCGACCCCUGCGACCCGCACAAGGGCCUCUUCUGUGACUUCGGCUCCCCGGCCAACCGCAAGAUCGGAGUAUGCACCGCCAAAGAUGGUGCUCCCUGUGUAUUCGGUGGGGCCGUGUACCGCAGCGGAGAGUCCUUCCAGAGCAGCUGCAAAUACCAGUGCACUUGCCUGGACGGAGCAGUGGGCUGUGUGCCCCUGUGCAGCAAUGACGUCCGCCUGCCCAGUCCCGACUGUCCCUUCCCGAGAAGGGUCAAGCUGCCGGGAAAAUGCUGUGAGGAAUGGGUGUGUGACGAGCCCAAGGACCGCACCAUGGUUGGCCCUGCCUUGGCUGCCUACAGACUGGAAGACACAUUUGGCCCAGACCCAACCAUGAUGCGAGCCAACUGCCUGGUCCAGACCACAGAGUGGAGCGCUUGUUCCAAGACCUGUGGGAUGGGCAUCUCUACCCGGGUUACCAACGAUAAUGCCUUCUGCAGACUGGAGAAGCAGAGUCGGCUCUGCAUGGUCAGGCCUUGUGAGGCUGACCUGGAAGAGAACAUUAAGAAGGGCAAAAAGUGCAUCCGAACCCCUAAAAUCUCCAAACCUGUCAAAUUUGAGCUCUCUGGCUGCACCAGUGUGAAGUCCUACCGGGCUAAGUUCUGCGGAGUAUGCACAGAUGGUCGGUGCUGCACCCCCCACAGAACCACCACCCUGCCAGUGGAGUUCAAGUGUCCUGAUGGCGAGAUCAUGAAGAGGAACAUGAUGUUCAUCAAGACCUGUGCCUGCCAUUACAACUGUCCCGGGGACAACGACAUCUUUGAGUCACUGUACUAUAAGAAGAUGUAUGGUGACAUGGCAUAAAGCCAAGGAGUGAGGGUCCUGGACUCAUUAGACCAUAACUUGAACUGAUUUGCAUCUCAUUUUUCUGUAAAAAAUGAUUUCAGUAGCACAAGUUAAUUUAAAUCUGUGUUUCUAACUGCUAGGAGAGAAAGAUUCCCACCAAAUUGAAAACAUUGUGCCAUGUCAUACUAAUAGUCUGUCAAUCCCAGACACUGGUUUGAAGACAGUAUGGACUUGACAGUCGAACUACAUUAGCGCACAGCACCAGAAUGUAUUCUAAGGUUUGGCUUCCGGAAUAGCCGAGACACCAGUAGAAACGGCAGUACUAUCAGAUGUCACCUUAACAUAGUAAUGUGCCUGCUAUUUGGAGCAUAAUGAAGGAAGAAAGUUAUACGAUGCUUGAAAUCCUACCUGCAGCUCUGGCCAUAGCUAGCAUGUGUGUUCUCCACCAGAUGAGGCUGAAUCGAGUUGUUCUUUAAAUCAGAACAGCAUAUUCAGCUCUGACAUUCUGAUUCGAAUGACAGUAGUCAGGAAGCAGAAUCCUGUCUAUUAGACUGGACAGCUUGUGGCAGUCUAAAUUUGCCUGUAACAAGCCAGAUUUUUUAUUGAUACUGUAAAUACUGUAGAUAUAUAUAUUUGUACAGUUACCUAAGUUAAUUUAAAGUUAUUUGUGCCUUUUUUGUUUUUGUUUUAAAUGCUUUGGUAUUUCAAACUGAUAGCCUCAAAUUCUGAACACCAUAGGAAAGACAAGGCUUGUCAAUUCAAAAUGAAGUGGAUACUAAAAUGGGAAUUGCCAUCAGAGUGACGGUCCAUCAGAAUAGAUGGUAUGCCAGCAGUGAGGCAACAGUGUCAUGGAGUCUGAUUUCUAGUAGGAAAUGUGGUUACCUCACUGUGAAUGAACAAAUGGCCUUUAUUAAAACAUGACUGGCUCAGUAGAGCUUGUGAGAAUUCCACCUGGAAGUGUUUGUUUCUACUUUGACUAUGACUGUUUUUUGGGCAGUUUAUUUGUUGAGAGUGUGACCAAAAGUUACAUGCUUGCACCUUUUCAGUUGAAAAUAAAGUAUAUAUUUUUUGUA